CAACGAUGCGCGAUACACGACGAGGAAUAAACGUCAAAUUUGAGCAUUUCCUCGGGAAAGCACGCAGUUGAUUCGACGCCAAACACCCCCCAGAUGCGAGGAAUGGUUUGCUCCGUAGUAGGUGGGACUGGCGAGCGGUCUGCACCAGGACGUCGUAGAUCAAUGAACCGGACCGGAGGCUCGCUCGAUCGUCCAAGUGAAUGGAUAGAUGUGUCACUACCUAUGCAAGAGAGAGGGCACACAGGCUUCAUUUAACAUAACCAGCCCGCUCAUAAUGCCGAUGCUUUAAACAGACUGUUUUUUUUAGCCUACCUACCGCUUCCGACUUCUUCCGUGGAUCUGCGAUCUUGUCAGGAAAUAAAAUAUCUCUAACCUCCAGGAUGAUCUUUGCUAACACAGGCAACCCGCUGAAAACUGCCAAUCGCAAGCAGUCGUACCCUAUGACUCCGUCCAGUCCCAGCAGCAGCAGCAACAGCAGCAGCACAGGCCUGGAGCAACUCAGCAAAACCAACCUGUACAUACGUGGUCUGCCCCCCGCCACCACAGACCUGGACCUGGUCAAACUGUGUCACCAAUAUGGCAAGAUUCAGUCAGCAAAGGCGAUUUUGGACAAGACAACCAACAAAUGUAAAGGUUAUGGCUUUGUGGACUUCGACAGCCCAGCGGCUGCUUUGAAGGCCGUGCAUGCUCUGAAAACCAGCGGCAUUCAGGCCCAGAUGGCCAAGCAACAGGAACAAGACCCCACAAAUCUGUAUAUCUCCAACCUGCCUUUGUCUGUGGAUGAGAAAGAGUUGGAGAACAUGCUACAGCCUUUCGGCCAAGUCGUGUCCACACGUAUCCUCCGAGACUACGGCGGUAACAGCCGAGGCGUGGGCUUCGCCAGGAUGGACACAACCGAGCAGUGUAACGCAGUGAUCUCACACUUCAACGGCAAAUUUAUCAAAAUCUCCUCCGGAGCGCUGGCUCCCUCUCAGCCCUUGUUGUGUAAGUUUGCAGACAGUCAAAGGAAGAAACAUGCUCACAGUGGAUUUGUUCCCAAUGGACAGACAGGAGAUCUCAGACUAAGUGCAAUGACUCUUACAUAUGACCCCUCUUCAGCAGCUAUGCAUAAUGGGUACUACCCAUGCCCAUAUCCAGUGACCAACAGGAUAAUGACUGUGCAGCCGACCAUGUCUCCCUACAUGUCCCCUGUCUCUGCUUACCAGGUACAGAGUCAUUCUUGGGUGGCACAUCAGCCAUAUAUCAUGCAGCACCCGGCCCCGGUGAUGUCUCCCUCUGUGGAUCCAUCCAUGCCACUGCACCCUACAACCAUGAUUACACAGCAAAUGGGUCAGCUGUCUCUAGGAAACACUGGAGCGUAUAUUGCAGCCAAUGCGGGGGUUCAAAGUGCUUACAUCCCGCAGUAUACUUCCCUGCCCGCACCGCCGGAAAACGGCACGCCCCAACAAGUGGAUUCUUCCAACAACUCGUCCCCUUACAGUCAACUCAGCAAGUAACCACAGGUAUGUGAUGCUCAGUAAUCACUGAGUGAGCCAGAGGGUAGUGGGAGGUGACUGAUGACAUCACCGUGAUAGCAGCCCUCUCUGAUUGGACCAGACACACAAACUUUUUUGCACAGCCCCGACGCUUGUGUUGGAAAAACGAGGACAGUGAAAAUGCACUCAAGCAGUUGGCUAAUCACAAAAAAAAAAGAUUUAUUUUGAUAAGAAACUACAUGCUCUUCAUAAUUUUCUCUUUUGUUCAAAAAGGAUUGUCUAACACAAUUCCAGAGGACACUCCCCCACCCCAUUAUCCACAGUAUGAUGUGAUUGUAAAUGCAUGACAUUGAGAUCCCCCCCACCCCCUCCUUCCAGUUUUUUAUGGUUUUAUUGUUACUUUAUUUGUGAUAUACACAAUCCCAUGCAAAACCUUGUUUGCACUGACAUUUAAAGUUAAGUUUUGGAUUCCACCGAAUCACAUGCUUGAAAACAGGUGACCAUGUCUUUAUUAGAACUUCAUGAAAUUAUUCUCAGAAAAGGUGCCUUCCUUAUGUCACGUCUAACAUCUUCUGACAUUAUUGAACUUAAUCAGGUGUCAUAUUUUCAUCCUAUUUCUAUCCUAUGAAUCCCACGUGGUGUUUAAUGUGUCGCUAUCUAGUCUUCUGGUAGCAAUAAUGACAAUGAGAGUCCCACUGCAAUACUGAGGGGAAAAAAAACAAACAAUGACAAACUCAGAGCAAUGUAUUUCUUAUGUUUUUUCUCUUUGCUUUUUUUUUUUAACUGCCGGAAUUACAUGAAGCAAGAGCUGUGCUUUUAUGGAAUUACACCAAAUUUAUCAUCUUUUAGGUGUGAUUUUGUUUUUCGUUUCCCCUUUUGGUCAGCGUGACCUGUGAUCUACCUCAUGGUUCUGCGUCUGCUGGUGUUGUUGGGUUUGCAGGUAAAGCCCUUGGCACCAGAGUGGAUGAAACAGAACAAAAGCCACGCUCAGGAGCUGGCUAACUCGGACUUCAAGCGUUUGUUUCCCCACAUGCAGCAAUUCUCUUCCUCGCUUUUGAAACAUUGUCACUUUGCUUCAUCCUUAUGUGUCAUUGCUUGUUUUAGUGUUUUUUUCCAAGAAUGUGAGUGUAGUUUAGUUUUGAUGCUCCAUUUUAGAGAAUUAGUUUGAUUUAGUUGCGUAAAUACCUUUCAGCAUCCUUCAACAAAUGAAUGCGGGAUCCAUGCAUUUAUUAAGUGAACGUUUCUGCCUUUGUCAAUCGAUCAGACCACUGCCCCUAAGUCUGUAAGAUCACUACUCUAGGUCAGACAGUUGCUGUAAAGCAAUCCAGAAGCUUUAUAGUAGCAGAAUUGUUGGUUACUUGCUUAUGCAAAAAAGGAUUUGAAUGAGUGGCACUCUUUGAGAACUAAUUUUUAUGCAGUAAUUCAUUCAAAACUGCAAUUACAAGUCACAUGAGUGGCUUCGUGGUCAGGUCUAUGUUGGUUGUUUGGUUUGGCAAAUAAAAAUACAAUUCUAUAAUAUAAAUUGGUGGCCAAAUGUGGAAAAUGUUUUGUUUGCUUCACAUUUCUCUUCAACUUGUUGAAAGAUGAACUUGACACUACUAUGACAUGUGAAUAAUGUCAUAGCUAUGAAGGUCACAGUGCUUCACACUGUUAAAGUACUACUUCAGAAAUGUAUGCACACAAUAAGGAGAUACUUCAGUAACCAAUAUUUACUGCAAGUGAUUUCAUAUUCUGCAUUUAUUGCUGACAAAAAAAGAAAAAUGGAAGAAAAAAAUUGUAUACAUUUUUACCCACAUUGUUUGCCCCGUCACCCUCAACUGAUUCUCAAACAAUCAUCUCCUUGUUCUCUCCUUUGAAAACAUUUGAAACAGUGCUGAAUAAAAGACUCUUCUCUUUCUCCGGAAAGUGUCUGGUCACUUAAAUGGAGCUGGACUCCAGCCACUUAACACAUGAUCAACAUCUUGUCUUUUGAUAUAUUUCAUAUUUGCUGUCAUCCAUUCAUGCUAAAGUUCUGCAUCUUAGGUCCAGACAAUGUUGAAAAACUGCCACCACAAUAAAUUCAGAGUGUGACUGUAAGCUUUAAUUGAAUCAAAUAGGCAUUUUAUGCAGACUACGCCAAUUUUCACGGAACCAGUAGUUUAUGGAUAUUUGACAUAAGUGUAACUAUAGUGUAGCAAUUUUCAUUUUUAGACUUUAUUAAAAACAAUUUGCAGCCAAGGACUUCCUGAAGGCAGGAGUCCAUGGACAUCACCAAGUUUCUUCCCUGGAGAUGCUUUGCCAGGCCUUCACGGCUCUUGCUGCCUUCGCUUUUUCUCUUUUGUAAGUAAAAAGCAUCCUGAGAUCAGGCCACUGGCAUGACCGUUGAAUGCCAUACCGUUGGUAUUGCCUUUGAAGGCAAAGCAAAUGCCGUCCUGUGUUGCUUUCACAGCAUGUACAGUAUAGAGGCAUUAUGUACCUGCACAGUGAAGCUCCAUGCGAUCAAUUUUGUAGCAUUUGUCUGAACGGGAGCAGGAAGCAUAGCGCUCUAAAUCGCACAAAUUAAUGAUGAUAUCAUAUAUUAUAUAUCACAUACCAAAACACUCUCUACCAUGUUUAACGCAUGAUGUGGUAUGCUUUGGAUCAUGAGCUGUUCCUUUCCUUCUCCAUACUUUUCUCUUCCCACAAUUCUGAUUUUCAUCUGUUCAAAGAAUUUGAUGAAUAUUACCUCUAUUUUUACAAUUUUGAAGGCUUCUCUUGAUUGUAAAUUUUGGCCGUAUUACCUUCUCCAAAAUAUUCUUGACUUCUGUUGAUGUUAAGUGUAUUCUUAUUUGCUGAUAAAGCAAUCUGCAAUUAUCCACUUUAAUUGUAUUCUGUGGUGUUCCAGGCGUUGUUAUGUGAGAUUUGUGUUGUUUUUUCAGCCUGAUGAGAGCCGCCUUCACUUGCAUAGAGAUCUCCUUGGACUUCAUAUUGCUAGCUCCAGUCGAACAGCUGCCAAAUAAUCACUUAAUACCUGACAUUAACUCCACUCUUUUAUCUGCUUGGUCUGUCAUGAAAUAACAAGGGAAUGGGGCUGCACCUGGCCAUCUUACAUACUUUGGAGCGCCUGAAAAUAAAUGCACACAUAUUUUGCUAUAUUUUGAAAUCUACAGGUGAAUUGCAUCUUUUAACCGUGCACCGUAACUGUGUACAACACUGUAUGUUUAAACAAAUACACAAA